GAUUUACAGGUCCAACGUCAGGCUCUUCUAACACGACUUCUCUUCCUCAGCUCACCAUGGAGCUCCUGGGAACAACUAGUAUUAUCUUGCUUGUCUGCAUCUCAUGCCUUCUUCUCUUGGCGAGAUGGAGAAGCGGAUCACAGAAAGGGAAGGAGCCUCCUGGUCCCUUCUCACUUCCCAUUGUUGGAAACGUGCUCCAGCUGAACCCAUGGAAUGUGCCUGAAAGCUUGAAGAAGCUCAGCGAGAAGUAUGGUCCUGUCUUCACGGUACAUUUAGGCCCACGAAAGGCUGUGGUGCUGUAUGGUUACGAUGUUGUGAAAGAAGCUCUGAUUGAUCAAGGAGAUGACUUCAGUGGAAGAGGUACUCUACCACUGAUUGAAAAACUCUUCCAAGGCACAGGCAUUGUGACUAGCAAUGGCGAGACCUGGAAGCAGCUCCGACGAUUUGCACUCACCACCUUGCGGGAUUUUGGGAUGGGGAAAAAGGGUAUCGAGGAGCGAAUCCAGGAGGAAGCUCAUUUUCUGGUGGAGAGGCUCAAGAACACACACGAGCGACCUUUCAGCCCUGACAACUUCCUAGUCCACGCUGUUUCCAACAUCAUCUGCUCCAUUAUUUUUGGGGAUCGGUUUGACUAUGAGGACAAGAAAUUUCUAACUUUAAUCGAUCUGAUAGAUGAAAACAACAAGCUCCAGGCCUCUCUACAAACACAGCUAUAUAAUUUCUUCCCAACUGCCAUGGAGUUAAUACCUGGACCUCAUAAACAACUGAUAAAGAAUAUUGAAGAAAUCGAUCAAUUUACAACAGAAAUCGUAAUGGAGCACCAGAAAACCAUAGAUCCCACUUGUCCUCGAGAUUUUAUCGAUGCUUUUCUUAACAAAAUGGAACAGGAGAAAGGGAAUGUCGACUCAAAAUUCACCAUUGAGACCUUGUCCAGAACCACGCUUGACUUGUUCCUUGCAGGAACAGGGACCACCAGCCUCACACUGAGAUAUGGAAUUCUGAUUCUCCAUAAAUACCCAGAGAUAGUAGAGAAAAUGCAAAAGGAGAUUGAUUCCGUGAUUGGCCGAGACCGAAGCCCCCGCAUGGCAGAUCGGAACCAAAUGCCCUACACAGAGGCUGUGAUCCAUGAAAUCCAGAGAUACAUUGAUUUCCUUCCACUUAACGUCCCACAUUCUGUGAUCAGAGACACCAAGUUCAGAGACUAUUUUAUCGCCAAGGACACUAUGAUAUUGCCUAUGCUGACUUCCGUCCUAAAAGAUAGCAAGGAAUUUCCAAAUCCAGAAAAAUUUGACCCCGGACAUUUCCUGAAUGCAAAUGGUACCUUUAAAAAGAGUGACUACUUUUUGCCAUUUUCUGCAGGAAAACGUGUCUGUGCAGGAGAAGGUCUGGCCCGGAUGGAGAUAUUCAUAUUCUUAACAUCCAUCCUGCAGAACUUUACUUUGAAGCCUAUUGUGGAUCCCAAGGACAUAGACAUUACUCCAAUAAUCACCAGUCUGGCAAGCAUGCCCCGACCCUAUCAGGUCUCUUUUGUUCCACGUUAGCCAAGAGAAAACUGUUGCCAGCUCCCAAACUCAUGAAUGCUCUGGC